AUGUUUCAGCCAAGCAUGUUCGACAGCCACCAUAUGAGUAUGCUGGACAUGUCGACCCACAAAAGCUCUGAGAAUGAUAUGGGAAGGAACCGGGAUGAUGAUUUCGAGACAAAAUCCGGCACGGAAACAACAGAUGCUCCCUCUGGAGAUGAAUUAGAUCCCUUCCAACCUCGUCCCAAAAGGAAACGCUACCACCGCCACACACAGCGCCAAAUCCAGGAAAUGGAAGCAUUCUUCAAGGAGUGUCCGCACCCAGAUGACAAGCAGAGAAAGGAGCUGAGUCGUGAGCUAGGGUUAGAGCCUUUGCAAGUCAAAUUCUGGUUUCAAAAUAAGCGAACACAAAUGAAGGCUCAACAUGAACGGCAUGAGAAUUCGAUUUUGAAAAAAGAAAAAGACAAGCUUCGCGCUGAGAACAAUCGAUACAAGGAAGCCCUCAGCAAUGCUACAUGCCCCAACUGUGGAGGUCCGCCAGCUCUUGGUGAGAUGUCCUUUGAUGAGCAACAUUUGAGGAUUGAAAAUGCCCGUUUACGUGAAGAGAUUGAUAGAAUAUCUUCGAUUGCUGCCAAAUAUGUUGGCAGCAAGCCUAUGUCAAGCUCUUUCGCACACAUUUCAUAUUCUCAAGGCCCCACCCGCUCCCUUGAUCUUCCGGUUGGCAGUUUUGGGGCUCCUCAGUCGGGUUAUGUAGGAGAAAUGUAUGGAUCCAGUGACCUUCUUCGGUCAGUUUCAGUGCCUACUGAUGCUGACAAGCCUUUGAUAGUUGAGCUUGCGGUGUCAGCUAUGGAAGAACUUAUCAGGAUGGCUCAGGCCGGGGAUCCUUUAUGGGUUCCUACUCAUGACAACAGCUCAUCAAUUCAUCACGACAUUCUAAAUGAAGAAGAAUACAUGAGGGCAUUUCCUAGGGGUAUUGGUCCUAAACCACUGGGCUUGAAAUCUGAAGCUUCAAGGGAAUCAGCAUUGGUCAUCAUGAAUCACGUUAACCUUGUUGAGAUUCUUAUGGAUGUGAACCAAUGGUCUACUGUGUUCUGCGGUAUUGUUUCAAGAGCAAUGACCCUUGAUAUCCUAUCAACUGGAGUAGCUGGAAACUACAAUGGAGCCUUGCAAGUGAUGUCAGCUGAGUUCCAAGUUCCUUCACCAUUUGUUCCAACUCGUGAGAACUACUUUGUAAGGUACUGUAAGCAACAUAUUGAUGGAACCUGGGCCGUGGUUGAUGUUUCCCUGGAUAAUUUACGCCCAAGUUCAAUCUCAAGAAGUCGUAGAAGGCCAUCCGGUUGCUUAAUCCAAGAAUUGCCUAAUGGUUAUUCCAAGGUAAUAUGGGUGGAACACGUCGAAGUGGAUGAUAGAGCUGUUCACAACAUUUACAGACCACUAGUAAACUCUGCUCUUGCAUUUGGAGCGAAGCGUUGGGUUGCUACACUUGAUAGACAAUGUGAGCGUCUUGCAAGUUCAAUGGCCAACAAUAUUCCGGCUGGAGAUCUCUGUGUCAUCACUAGCGCAGAAGGGAGGAAAAGUAUGUUAAAGCUGGCGCAGAGGAUGGUCUUGAGCUUUUGCACUGGCGUUGGUGCUUCUACGGCACACGCAUGGACGACAUUGUCAGCCUCAGGUUCUGACGAUGUGAGGGUCAUGACCAGGAAAAGCAUGGAUGAUCCUGGCAGGCCUCCUGGCAUUGUUCUGAGUGCUGCAACUUCCUUCUGGCUUCCGGUUCCUCCCAAGAGAGUCUUUGAUUUUCUUCGAGAUGAGAAUUCUCGGAGUGAGUGGGAUAUUCUUUCAAAUGGUGGCCUAGUGCAAGAGAUGGCACACAUAGCUAAUGGACGUGAUCCAGGAAACUGUGUCUCUUUGCUGCGUGUAAAUACUGCAAAUUCUAGCCAAAGCAACAUGCUGAUACUCCAGGAGAGCUGCACAGAUUCAACCGGGUCAUAUGUGAUAUAUGCUCCAGUCGAUAUUGUGGCCAUGAAUGUCGUGCUAAGUGGCGGUGAUCCUGAUUAUGUUGCACUUCUGCCAUCAGGUUUUGCUAUCCUACCAGAUGGGCCUCCUGCUGGAGGAGCCGGAGGAAUUCUUGAUGUUGGUUCUGGUGGAUCACUACUGACAGUAGCAUUUCAGAUCCUAGUUGAUUCAGUUCCUACGGCAAAGCUCUCUCCUGGGUCCGUGGCCACUGUUAACAAUCUGAUUAAGUGCACAGUUGAGCGAAUUAGAGUUGCGGUCACAUGUGAUCAGAAUCCAUGAUCCUGGCAUGGAAUUGCCUUGCAUAAGUGGGAAAUUGAGGAUGGAAACAAGAAUGAGGCGGUUUAAUUGGUAAUUGGG